AUGAGUGCUGAAGAAGCAACAGCUCAAGCCAAGGAUGUCCAAAAGGAAGAGACUACAAAGCCAGUAGAGGCCAAGGAAACAAAGGAAGAGGCCCCAAAGGAUGAAAAGAAGGAAGACAAGAAGGCUGAUAAGAAGAAGGAGAAGAAGGAGAAAGCCGAGAAGAAGGACAAGAAGGAAGACAAGAAGAAGGAUGAAAAGAAGGAGAAGAAGGAAAAGAAGUCCGAUAAGAAGAAGGAAGAAAAGAAGAAAGAGGAAAAGAAGGAAGACAAGAAGAAGGAAGAAAAGAAGGAGGAGAAGAAGUCCGACAAGAAGAAGGAAGAAAAGAAGGAGAAGAAGGACAAGAAGGAGAAGACAGAAAAGACCGAAAAGAAGGAAAAGAAGGAAACCAAGAAGAAAGAAGAAAAGAAAUCCGAGAAGAAGACCGAAAAGAAGACAGAGAAGAAGUCUACUAAGACUAAGGCAGGCAAGAAGACAGAGAAGAAGGAAGAAAAGAAGGUUUCCAAGAAGACUGAAAAGACUGAGAAGAAGUCAAAGAAGACCGUUAUUGAGAAAGAUUCUAUCAGAGAAUUCAUCGUUGAGGCUAUCCUUACAAACGUCACAGAGGAAAAGAAGUGGGCAUCAGAGUCAAAGAUUAAAGAAUACGUCCUCAAAUACUACAACGGUAAGAUUCCACACGGUCUUAUCAAGAACAACGUAAAGUCUAACCUUGAAAAGCUUCACAAGGAUGGCCUUCUCAACAACAAGAAGAACUCAUACCAGCUCUCUGCUAAGGGCAAGAAGACAAUCGCCCCAGAAAAUAUUCCAAAGAGAAAGGAAGUAGCUCGCCCAGUCAAGGCAGAGCCAGCUGAGGAGAAGCCAGUAGUUGUUCAAGAAUAUGUCAGCAAGUCAGGUCGUGUUUCAAAGAAGGUUCAGCAAUAA